AUGCCACUUGUACUUGGGAGUGAUCAUGGUGAUCAAGAUUCUUUUGAACUUGAUACAUGUAGGCCUCUCAGUGAAUAUCUCCACCCUCCUAGGAAAACUACACCAUCUUGCAUAGUGCUUCUAGUUAAUCAUCAUAGAUUCCAUCUUAAACCUGGCACUAUCCUACUAUUGCCCACUUUUCAUGGGAUGGACUCUAAAAAUCCUUACACUCACAUGAAGGAGUUUGAGGAAGUUUGUGGAACUUGUAUGGAACAAACUGUCAAUGAGGAUGUGGUUAGAUUAAAGCUCUUUCCAUUCUCAUUAAAAGAUAAGGCGAAUAUGUGGUUAAACACGUUUGCACCUCGAUCUAUUGGAACGUGGAGAGAAAUGCAAACCACGUUCUUGAAAAAAUACUUUCCAGCAAAUAGAACUGCAAAUCUCCAAAGGCAAAUGAUGAAUUUUUCCUGCAAACCCAAUGAAAAUUUUGCUCAAGCAUGGGAACGAUUCAAGGACCUUCUCAAUGCCUGUCCACAUCACGCUUUCGAGCAGUGGAGAGUGGUUAGCUUCUUCCAUGAUGCUUUGUCUCCCAAUCUUAAGAUGAUAGUGUCAACCAUGUGCAAUGGGGAAUUCUUUGACAAAUUGCCCGAUGAGGCAUUUCAUUUCUUUGACACUUUAGCAGAAAAUACUAGAAAUUGGGAAGUUCAGCUGAAUGAGAGUGAUGAUUUGAAUGCCAGGUUAGCUGCAUUAACCCGAAAGAUUGAAACUUUAGAGAUAAAGAAAGCCCAAACUGUUAAUGAAAUUGAGAUUAGGUGUGCCGUGUGUGAGACUUCAAACCACAAGACAAAGGAUUGUCCUACAUUACUUGCUUUUAAGGAGGUAUUGUAUGGUCAAACUGGAAACACAUAUUCACACAACAAUGAAGGAAUGCAAUAUUCAAACCAGAAUCAAGGGAGGAAUUUUCAUUCCGGGGGUCACCAUACGAACUUCAAUUCUUAUCAUCCAAACCUCCUCCAUCAUCCUAACUUCUCAGUGAGAAAUGAUUCUACAGCCCAGUUGCCUUUCCCUUCAUAA